GCGCGCGCGCACGCAAAAUGUUAACUCUCGGCGUUUGCUUCGCGCUCCUUAGCGCAGUUAGCGCCGAAAACGAAAAUAUUACUUUAGGCGCCAAGGACUUGGUCAGGUUAUACCGUACUGCGCACACGCUAGGCGUUAGUGAGAGCAUACUUUCUAAAAUCUCCGAAAAGUUGACUUCCGAAAAGUCGGAUUUCGCGUACGGCGACUCCGAUGGGACCGUCAGAAUAGACGCUGUGGACGAAUCUCCGGAUUAUGCGUCCUCCGUGGUCCUGGCCAGCGAUUUGCUGUCCCUCAGCAGUGCAGUGGCCAACGUGAAGGCCGAGGCCUGCAAGGAGCAGGGCUACAGGUUCCUGGACGGACUGAUCAAGAACCAGCGAUGGGCGCUGAAAAUGUUCGACGCGUCGGCGAAGUCGCCGCAAGGUCUGCUGUUCGGUUCGUCGUACCACCUGGGCAACUUCGACGAGUGUGUGGGCGUCGACGUGGUGGACAACGGCACCACCAGCCGCGGACAGUACUGCCUCGCCACCAUCAAGUGGCGACAUGGGGAUGAGGUUAAAAAGGUCAGAACAGGCAGAGGGGAGACUCUCCGUUGGGCGGUGUGCGUCCCGAGCGCGUGUGACGCCCAAUCAGUGGAGGGCUUCGUUAGCGAUGUCCUGGCUCUGUCCGUCGGGAACAAGACCAGGGUCGUGGUAUCAGAGAGAGACUGCUAUACGCGACGACCCAUUGACAUCAAUAGGCUGGAUAUUGCGUUCCUAUCUCUGAUAAUGUUUUUCGGUAUGAUUCUCCUAUUUACUACGGUGUACGAGAUCUACUCUAUCAAAUGGGGUCAAAAUAAAGGCACCGCGCAUGAGAUAUUAAUAUCCUUCUCAAUUAUUAACAACGUGAAGAAGAUCAUAUCGACGAAGCAGAAUAAUACCCUGGGCUUGGAAUGUAUCGCCGGUAUCAAGGCUAUAGCCAUGAUAUUCAUUUUGGCUGGCCAUGCGUGUACCUUCAUAGCUAGUGGACCCGUCAUGGAUUCGGAGGCUUGGGAUCGGCUGAUCCGUAAUCCGGCGAACUCGUUCAUGCUGAGUAACACUCUGCUGGUGGACUCCUUCCUCUUCCUCAGCGCGUUCCUGUUCAGCAGACUGCUGCUGAUAGAGUUGGACAAGAGGAGGGGGCGGCUGAACGUACUGCCGAUACUGAUAGUCCGGUACAUCAGGGUAACGCCAGCGUACUUCGUGGUGAUACUGUUCUACAUGACGUGGCUGCCCAAGAUCGGUGUUGGGCCGCUGUGGGAAGACCGCAUGAGGCUCGAGCAGGAGCGCUGCCUCGCCUCCUGGUGGGCCAAUAUACUGUAUGUCAACAACUACGUCAACACUGAUUACUUGUGCAUGUUCCAAUCGUGGUACCUAGCGGUGGACACUCAGCUGUUCUUCCUGGCUCCGAUCUUCAUAUACAGCCUGUGGCACUGGAGACGGUUCGGGCUGGUGCUGACUGCGUGCAUGACGCUGGUAUCCUUGGCUAUACCGUCCAUCAUCACGUACAGGGGCCGCUUGGAUCCGACGUUGCUGAUCUAUGCCAAGGAGUUGACUGAUUUCGCAACGAACCCAUAUUUCCGAGACGUGUAUAUGAAGACGCACAACAAAAUAACAUCGUAUAUAAUGGGAAUACUGACAGGAUUCAUAUUACAUAAGAUACAAAAACAAAAUUACGAGUUCUCCAAACUCCUGAAGGUCUUCGGAUGGACGACCAGCGUGAUCCUCGGCACCAUCACCACCUUCUCCAUAUCAGUAUUCUACCAGGACUGGUACAAGUAUAACGCGAUAGAGGCCGCCGCGUACGUCUCCCUUCAUGGCUUCUCCUGGAGUAUCACUAACGCGUGGCUCAUCAUCGCCUGCGCUACUGGUAAUGGAGGUAUACUAGGGCGGUUGCUGACAUACAAGAUAUUCGUGCCGAUCGCCCGGCUGACGUUCUGCGCUUACCUCGUCAACGGAAUUGUGGAGUUGUACUACCUCGGUCAGCUUCGACAUCCAGUGCACAUCACGUUCUUCACUGUGCUGGCGAAUGGCACGUCGCACGUGUUACUGACGUUUCUCCUGGGGAUGAUCCUGUGUGUGAUGUUCGAGUCCCCUCUACAUGGGAUUGAGAAGACCAUCUUACGACUUAUAUCUCGACCUGUGCUAAGCGACAAUGCGAUAAAGAACGGUUCCUCCGACGUCAUAUCGAGAAACACAAGUCAAAGUAAACUUGACAGUUGAAUAGAGGGCACUAGUUAUAAUAAAGUGUUGAAACUGUAAAUAUAACUUUAACAUGUAAAUAUAAUGUAUCUUAACACUUUAUUAUAAUAUUCGGAAUAUAAUGUUCCUGGUGGCUUUGAAUAGCAAAGUGGCAAUUUUCAAUUGCUCUUAUAAUACAGGGUGCAAUUAAACCUACCUG